CGGGCGGAGGGCAGCGGCCGCCUGAGAGGAGGAUCAUGGGAAGACGGGCGGAGGGCAGCGGCCGCCUGAGAGGAGGAUCAUGGGAAGACGGGCGGAGGGCAGCGGCCGCCUGAGAGGAGGAUCAUGGGAAGACGGGCGGAGAGCAGCGGUCACCAGAGAGGAGGAUCAUGGGAAGGGGCUGAAGGGAGUCUGGGAAGUUGGGUCCCCGUUUCCCAGCUGCGGGGCGAUCUAGGACCUUUUAAUCCUGGUUUGCCUGUGGAAGUGCCCCUCUGGCUGGCAAUCAAUCUGAAACAGAGGCAGAAAUGCCGGGUGAUCCCUCCGGAGUGGAUGGAUGUUGAGAAAUUGGAGGAGAUCCGGGAUAAAGAACGAAAGGAGGAUACCUUCACUCCAAUGCCUAACCCAUAUUAUAUGGAACUGACCAAGUUGUUGUUAAAUCAUGCUUCAGACAAUAUUCCCAAAGCAGAUGAAAUCCGGACCCUGAUCAAGGAUACGUGGGACACGCGAAUAGCUAAACUUCGGCUCUCUGCAGACAACUUUGUCAGACAGCAGGAAGCGCAUGGCAAGCUGGAUAACCUGACCUUAAUGGAGAUCAACACUAAUGGGGCGUUCCUUACACAAGCCCUCAACCACAUGUAUAAACUCCGCACAAAUCUCCAUCCUGCCGAAAGUGCCCAAUCUCAAGAUUUCUAGAAGAAACUAGCCCAUGGCAGUAGCCGAUGAGUUCCCUUUGUAGUCACUGAACUCCUUUAGGCUUCACUUUUUAAGUCAUAGGUGGCUGUGGGGGGCUCGUGGAGCCUGGAAUGAAGUCUUGAUAGACCAGACUACUCUAGUCCUCCUUAAGGAUUUUGCUGCAAACCAUGGACAGGUUUUGUAAUAUAUAAAAAAAAAAUGUGUGUGUGUUUAAUGUGUAUAGCAAGCAAUCAUUUAUCGUAGCUCUGUAGAUAACAGAAGCAGGCUUGAGGCUGAAUAUUAAUCAUAAAACCUCUAUCAGCUGCACAGAGGGCAUUUCUUCGUCUCCAACACUAUCUCAGUCAGCCUCAGUUGUUCAGAAAUCAUCUUGGCAAAACAGAUGAUUCCAGCGGGCAGAGCAUUCAGCUCUCCUUGCACAGAAGCUGACAUGCAAAGACGAAUGUGGCUGCAGCAGAUAGGUGCUGCUUCUAAGGAGCUUUCUAGCUCUAUUCCUUGUGGGCAGGGUGGAUUUUUCCCUUGACUGGUUGGGACUGUCAUAAACUACAGAUAAAAAUAGAAAUGGAGGUGGCAUCUUGAAUUUAUUCUCCUUUCCUUGCUCAUGUCCCGCUGGCCUGGCAUUGUUUUAUGAACUCUGCCCCAAAGUCAUCAAACUGGGGAAGGUGACAAAGUGGGGUAGCCUUCAAUGGCUUUGGGGCUGUUUUUGUGGUUUAUUGCCCCUCAGCUGGUAAUGAUUUGUAAUGAGAGAAUCUCAUUUUGCAAGCAAGUGAUGGGAACAGUGUAAGGGUGUUGAGACAAAAUACUAUAUUUGGGGAAAGACCCUAAGGAUGUGACUGAGUGGUGCUGCUCAAGAUGCAGUGCCAAGGAAAAAACGUAGUGGGGUUUCAGUACUUAUUGAAUAGAGUAUUAAGACCGUUUUGUUGCUGAUUUAGGAAGUGGUGGCAUCUCAAAGGUGGCCCCAAAAAUGCUUUUCAGAAGCCUUUAUCAGUUAUUCCAAUUGCAAUUGUGAAUUUGUACUUCUACACAAACGGGAAGAGAGAUGUCAGGUAAUUGGGAGGCGGGGGCAGUGGUAGCUUUGCAUCCAAAGAGUUCCACUUUGCCUGGCAGGGAGGCAAAGUGGAAAGGCUUAACUGUGGGGAAUGGGCAGUCUUCCUGCCCACCUACUUUAGCCAGAUCUGCUUAAGACACUUUGAUCUAGUGGUUGAGCCAAGACAAUAAACAGGAGGCUCGCAGGCUUCUCAGCUCUAUCACUGCUGCCUAACUUGAGCAUUGUUGCCAUUGGGAAUAUAUGGGGAUCUAUGGAAACUAUUGGAUGUGAUUGCUCAGCCUGUGGUUAAAGAACAAGGACAAAGUUCGGUCUCUUCAGUCCUACUAUGAGUCUUCCCUGGGAAGUUGAGUAACAGAAGGGAAGCCUGGUAGAAAUGAGCCCAAAUUCCAAAGGAAUUGAAGUGCUGCGGCUUUGGUAUUUUGACCAGUAAGUAGCAUGGGCGUAUCAGCAGCAAAAUCCUCCAAGUGCUCUAGCAUGGUUGUCCGAUCGCCCUUCCUGUUUGUAGAGCACUUCGUUGUAAUAGUAGUUGUAAUAAUACAUAUUAUAGUAAUAAGGUAAGUGGCAGAGUGGGAUUAGAGCCAAGGUCUUUUAACUCAGGCUGGUGUUCUUUCUGCUAGACCACACUGCUUCACACUUCCUGCAGCGCUUUUCUCAUUUUAUCCUUACAACAUCCAUGGGAUGGAGGGACUUCUAUCUUCACUUUACAGAUGAGGAAGCAGGCCUGGAAAGGUUGGUGGUCUUGCCAAACAGCAGCGGCAGAACUGGUCCUAGAACUCCGGUCUCCUACCUCCUAGGCUUGGACUUUGUCUCUGAACCAACCUGCCUGAUGAGUCAAUGAGCCUUACUGGUGGCUGCUUCCUAGAGAAUUAAAGAGGAGGAAAGAUCAGACAUGUUUUGUAAGUCAGUGUUUUGUAUAGUUCUCUUACAACAAAAAUCGAAAGUAAACGUACUUGACUGCAAACUGGUUGGGUUGGUUUUUGAUUGGUAAAAUAAACCCAUGGCA